AUGAGUGCUAUCACCCUCACCAGCUCCGAUGGAGUCGAUCUUUCCGUUGAGCGCACCACUGCUGAGCGCUCCGUGCUGAUCAAGAACAUGCUUGAGGAUCUCGGCGACUCUGGAGAAGCCAUCCCCAUUCCCAACGUUAACGAGGCCGUCCUCAAGAAGGUCAUCGAGUGGUGCGAGCACCACAAGAACGACCCUCCUAGUGCUAGCGACGAUGACGACAACCGUCGCAAGACCACCGACAUCGACGAGUGGGACCAGAAGUUCAUGCAGGUGGACCAGGAGAUGCUCUUCGAGAUCAUCCUUGCCGCCAACUACUUGGAUAUCAAGGCCCUCCUUGACGUUGGCUGCAAAACAGUCGCCAACAUGAUCAAGGGCAAGUCCCCAGAGGAGAUCCGCAAGACCUUUAACAUCCAGAACGACUUUACUCCUGAGGAGGAGGACCAGAUCCGCCGCGAGAACGAAUGGGCUGAGGAUCGUUAA